AUGGAUAAGAUUGCUACCAGAAUUGAUAGAGGUUUCUUAACUGAAGCUUGGAUGAUGGCUUAUGGUCAAACUGAGGCUGUCUAUCUCUAUCAUUCUUUGUCUGAUCACUGUCCUGUUUUGGUGGAUUUGGUUCACUCUGUUGCUGGGAAGGGCAAACCCUUCAGAUUUGUGAAUUGCCUUGCUUUUCACAAGGAUUUCCAGGAAGUUGUGUCUUCUCAUUGGAAUGUCAAUGUUACUGGUAACUCUAUGUUGCAAGUCUGGAAGAAACUAAAAUCUGUCAAGUCUUGUCUUAAAGAUCUAAAUACUAAUCAUUUUACUAAGAUUACUGACAGAUUGGAAGUUGCUCGUCUCAUCUUACUGAGGCAGAAUAUGAAUAGAAUUGAUUCUAUUUAUAAUAGUGAUGAUGUUUUGCUGAAGGAUCCAGAUUUAGUUGAAGAUGAAAUUAUUAACUUCUAUCAGAAUCUUUUAGGUUCUGCUGCUAGUACUUUGCCAGCUGUUGAUGUUGCUAUUGUUAGGUUGGGAAGCAGCUCUCCUCUAAUGACAUUGAUAUUCUUUUUGAUCCUGUUUCUCAUGCUGAAAUUGACCAAGAGUUGUACUACUCUUACUCUGGUUCCAAAGGUUCAGAAUCCUUCAUAUGUUAAGGAAUAUAGACCUAUUGCUUGUUGCACCCUUGUUUAUAAGUUGAUCUCUAAGGUCAUAACUACUAGAUUGGCAAGGGUGGGGGGUUAUGUUGUUAAUGAUGCUCAAAAAUUUUCUAAUGCUUCUGGUUUAUCUGCAAACUUGGAUAAAAGUGAUGCCUACUUUGGGGGUAUUUUGGAUCAUAUUAGAUGUGAGCUUCAGCAGGUUUUGGGAAUGUCUAAUGGUACUCUCCCUUUUAUGUACUUAGGCGUUCCCCUGUCUUCUAAGAAACUCACUAUUUCUAAAUGCAGGCCUUUAAUUGAAAGGAUUACAGGCAUAAUUGAUACUUGGGCUGCUAAGCACUUGUCCUAUGCUGGCAGGUUACAGUUAAUUAAAAUUAUUCUCUUUGGUGUUCAAGCUUACUGGGCUCAGAUUUUCAUUUUACAAAAGAAAAUCAUUAGAGAGAUGGAAUCUAGGUUCAGGUGUUUCUUAUGGACUGGGAAAGGUAACCCUACAAAGAAAGCUCUUGUUGCCUGGAAGUUUAUGUGCCUUCCCAAUUCCUGUGGUGGUUGGAAUUUGAUUUCCUUGGAAGACUGGAACAAAGAAGCUAUUACUAAAGUGCUUUGGGACCUUGCUAGCAAAUCUGAUACCCUUUGGGUCAAAUGGGUUCACAUUUACUAUUUUGCAGGCAAGACUUCUUGGACUGCUUCUAAUCCUAACAAGGCUUUCUGGAUUUUGAAAAAGAUCCUUGCUUGUAGAGAAAUUGUAUAUGAUAUUGGUGGAUGGGAUAAUGCUACUGUCAAUGGCAAGAUGCAGAUCGAGAAACUGUACAGUAUCAUUAAACCUCAGGGCCCUAAAGUUUCCUGGAAGAGAAUCACUUGCAACAAUCAAGCUUCACCAAAGAGUAUUUUUGUCACUUGGCUUGCUAUUCUGGAUAGAUUGGUCACUAAGGACAGAUUUUAUUCAAAUGUGAUCUCGUCUUCGAUGUUACAAAUUCUGGGUUUCACUAGGCCUGUAUUAAGCUUUGCUGAUGAACUGCACUGGAUUACAAAAUGCUGCAAGAAAACUGAUGCGAGGAGCAGACUCAUUGUGAUGUACUUUUGUGAAACAGUCUACAAUGUGUGGCUUCAAAGAAAUGCUUUAAUGUUUAUAGGAAACUGUAAAUCAGCUUCUGAGUUAAUUAGGCAGAUAAUUGUUUUGGUUGCUUGCAGAUGUAAUAGCAUAGAUUUUUACUGUAUUCUGCUUAGGUUGUUGUUCUGGUCCUGGUUCUUAGUAUCCUUCCUAGAAGGUGCUUAA